GCGGGAGCAGAGUGGGACGUGAUAUGCUUGUCUUUAAUGAGGCAAGUGGAGGCGCAUAGCUAUAAGGAGAGGAAAAUAGUAGGAACGGGAUUGCGAGCGGAAGCAGUAGCUAUAAUGACAAUGAAAACUAAGGAAGCCGGGAGGUCAGGGAGAGAGGACACAGUCAUGCAACGUCGGCCUGGCCUCCCUCGUAAUCGUUUCGCGUCGCUGCUGCAAGCAAGCGACCAGGCACUAAUCCCAAGGAAGUCAGUGUUACCAAGCUGGUUACGUCACAGCGGGACGCGGCUGGGAGGGAGAAGCGCUCAGGUGGGGAGGGCGGUCACAUCCCGCCAGUCUACCUUGAGCCGUAGUGGUGGGUGGACCUACUGUGCACAUCUCUGUGUCUUCUCCUUUCCUCGCUUUCCCACUCCCUUCAGAUAUCUCCAAGGCUUGGCAAAGAUGGAGAACAAAGGGUUCGACGUCGAGAAACAAGAAUCCUAUGAACUGCAGGACUCCCCACGGAAGGAAAACUCACCCGCCAUUAACGAGAUCGUGCCCGCCUGCCCCUGCGAAGACAGCCAGAGGAACUGCUCCUGCAAGGAACCAAAGGAAGCCAAGCCUCAGGUCGGCCCACUUGCUUCUAGUAGAGCCUUAGUAGCUAUCGCAAUGAGUUAUUUUACAGUCACACCACAUUUUAUUUCUUUUCUUGUUCUCUCGAUAUUUCGAAUUACUCACUAGUCAUUAAUCUAUGCA